GAUAUACCUAUUUCGCGAUGUUCGCCAGGUUGUCCUCCAGGCCAUUAUGUAUAUCAGGAUUCUAACAUAAAGCAAGAUAUCAUGGCUUGUUGCUGGCGCUGUCUUCCAUGCCCAAUGCAAACCGUAUCGAAUAUGACAAACCAGCUACAUUGUACCGAAUGUCCAACUUUUACCCGACCGAAUAGGAAUAAAACGAAAUGCUUACCGUUAUCCUUAAUCUACGGGCAUGUACUUUAUCGAAGUCCAAUGAUAAUCAUUAUUCUCACCUUAAUAACAGUCUAUUGCUUAUGUCUCCUUUUCAUUUGGAUUACUAUUAUUCUCCACCGACAAACACCGAUUAUUAAAGGAUCUAACUUUGUCCUGAUGAAUGUUUUACUCUUCUUUUUCGCGUUAAGUAUUCCAGCUUCAUUGCUACAUCUACUUCCUCCAAGCUAUAAAGUAUGCAAUCUAAGGGCAUUUCUAAUGACUACGUAUGUCACAGGGACAUACAUCACCAUAUUUUGUAAAGUCAAUCAAGUUUUCAUAAUAUUUAAAAGAUCAGUUAGAAGAAAAAGCAAAUUUGCAAUCUUAACUAAGAACAGGAAUCAGCUUUUAAUCAUUUUUGGCGUUUUAGUUGUAGUCAACGGAAUUCUGCUAUGCUUAACCCUUGCUCAUCCAUUUAUAGUUUUCAAAGCUGUCACCAAAGACAAUCAAAUUGAAUUUUAUUGCCACGGUUUAAAUUCUUAUAAUGAUAUCAAUCUAUUAAUUUGGAUGGCUAUAAUAGGUAUAGCCUGUACAUAUUUGGCAUAUAAAACGCGAUCAUUACCGGAUAACUUUAACGAAUCCAAGCAUAUUUAUCUUUCAUCAGUAAUGAUUACAGUUUUCGGUUUAUGUUGCUUCCCUGUUACCAUCAUUUUAUCCGGCCAAACGGCAGAUAGUAUUGCUGCAUUGACUGCAUUGCUACUAAGUGGGCCGCCAUUCCUAUGCUUAUUCGUACCCAAAGUUUAUAUUAUUUAUUUUCGGCCUGAACUAAAU